UUUUUCCGGCUGGAACCAUGGAGGGUGCAGAAGAGAAGAAGAAGAAGGAUCCUGCUGUGCCAGAAACCCUUAAGAAAAAGCGAAGGAAUUUCGCAGAGCUGAAGAUCAAGCGCCUGAGAAAGAAGUUUGCCCAAAAGAUGCUUCGAAAGGCAAGGAGGAAGCUUAUCUAUGAAAAAGCGAAGCACUAUCACAAGGAAUAUAGUCAGAUGUACAGAACUGAAAUUCGAAUGGCGAGGAUGGCAAGAAAAGCUGGCAACUUCUAUGUACCUGCUGAACCCAAAUUGGCGUUUGUCAUCAGGAUCAGAGGGUACCCCAAUCUGAAGUCAGUAAAUGAGCUAAUCUACAAGCGUGGUUAUGGCAAAAUCAAUAAGAAGUGAAUUGCUUUGACAGAUAACGCUUUGAUUGCUCGAUCUCUUGGUAAAUAUGGCAUCAUCUGCAUGGAGGAUCUGAUUCAUGAGAUCUAUACUGUUGGAAAACACUUCAAAGAGGCAAAUAACUUCCUGUGGCCCUUCAAAUUAUCUUCUCCACGAGGUGGAAUGAAGAAAAAGACCACCCAUUUUGUAGAAAGUGGAGAUGCUGGCAACAGGGAGGACCAGAUCAACAGUCUUAUUAGAAGAAUGAACUAAGGUGUCUACCAUGAUUAUUUUUCGAGUCUCCUCAGCUUAAUAAACAGUACCUGCUCUCAAAAUGAAAAAAAAAAAAAAAAAAAAAAAAAAAAAAAAAAAAAAAAAAAAAAAA